GGCUGCCCCGAGUCAGGGAGGCAGUGUCAGGUUUCAAACUCCGCACCAGCCAUUCAGAGAGCAGCGAUGCCAGGGGCCCGCCUUGGGUUGCUGGUCUGCGUCCUGGCCCUGUGCUGUGUGGUCAGAGCCUAUCCCAAUGCCUCCCCACUGCUCGGCUCCAGCUGGGGUGGCCUGACCCACCUGUACACGGCCUCAGCCAGGAACAGCUACCACCUGCAGAUCCACAAGGACGGCCAUGUGGACGGCACACCCCAUCAGACCAUCUACAGUGCCCUGAUGAUCAGAUCAGAGGACGCUGGCUUUGUGGUGAUAACUGGAGUGAUGAGUAGGAGAUACCUCUGCAUGGACUUUAGAGGCAACAUUUUUGGAUCCCAUCACUUCAGCCCCGAGAGCUGCCGGUUCAGCCAGCAGACGCUGGAGAACGGCUACGACGUGUACCACUCGCCGCAGCACCGCUUCCUCGUCAGCCUGGGCCGGGCCAAGAGGGCCUUCCUGCCGGGCACCAACCCGCCGCCCUACUCGCAGUUCCUGUCGCGGAGGAACGAGAUCCCGCUCUUCCACUUCAACACGCCCGCGCCGCGCCGCCACACGCGCAGCGCCGAGGACAACUCGGCGGCCGACCCGCUGGUCGUGCUGAAGCCCGUGCCGCGCCUGACGCCCGCGCCCGCCUCCUGCUCCCAGGAGCUGAGCAGCGCCGAGGACAACAGCGUGGCGGCCCACGACCCGCUCGGGGUGGUGCGGAGCAGCAACAGGGUGAACUCGCACGCGCCACCCCCAGGUCCACCUAGGACCCGCAAAGGAAUGCUUCUCGUACCUUUCAGAAACGCACGCAGCCUUUAAAGCAGCGGUUCUCAGCCUGUGGGUCGAGCGACCCUUUCACAGGGGUCGCCUAAGACCAUCGGAAAACACAUAUAUAAUUACAUAUUGUUUUUGUGA